AUGACAGGUUUCUGUCCCGUUCGCCAGUUGCCCCGCUACGCUUCGCAUGGGAAUCCCCUUGAUGCAUUCCAAAUAGGAGAUAAAGUGCGAACAUUCAUCCUGGAUGUUCACCCUGCUGGCCGCUUGAUACUAAGCAUGAUUCCUAAGGGUCUGAAUCGUGAUCUCUUUGGUGACAUUAAACUGGGCAUUAUUAUGGAUGAUGACCUGCCUCUUCACUACAAGAAGCUUCAAAAUCUAGAUGGGAAAUCUUUCGAGGACUGCCUUGAUGCCACUCCUCAAUUUCGGAGCCCUGAUGGCCUUCGUGUACUUUGCUCUCGGUUUGGUAUACCAAAAGCUUCAAACUGUUCCCUUCUCCUUACCAUAUCCAAAAUCAAACUUCCCAAGUCCGAAUUGGCCUGUGAGUUGCGUAGGACGCAGCUGUACAAUUUAUCAAUGAAGCAUGUUGCUCAGGGCGUGAAAUAUUUUAAAGCCGGACAGAAUACGGAGGCCCUACAGUGUUACAAUUUUGCAAUUGAAGUGGAGAACACUAAUCAAGAUGCUUUCGUUGCUAGAGGCGCUCUGUAA